GUGUCAAUGUAUUAUUAUAACAUGUUAUCGUCUUCCGAUGAUGAAGACAUUAUAGAUUUUAUUAACAGAAGAACGAAAAAAUUUAAAACUCGCCAUAAUUAAUUUGAAGAAUUAAAUGAUAUAGAACUAUAGUUGCUCACUUUACGAUUAUACGCAACGGGAUCCCGGUAUAUGUCUGUAGCAGAUUUUUCUGGUUUAAGCACAACUUCUGCACAUCGCAUUGCUUCUCGUGUAACGAAUGUCCUUGCUAGAUUACGACCACGUUUUGUGAAGCGCUCUUCAACAAAUGAGGAAAUUCGUCAGCAGCAAGAACAGUUUUACAGAAUCGCAAGGUUUCCAAAAAUCAUUGGCUGCAUAGACUGCACAUAUUGCCACGUAAAAUCCUUCGGUAGAGAAGAAGCAGAACUUUUUCGAUAUAGAAAGGGUUACUUAUCAAUUAACGUUCAAGCAGUUUCAAACGCCAACAUGGAAAUAACUGAUAUCGUCGCUCGUUGGCAAGGAUCCGUACACGACAGCACAAUUUUCAAUAACAGCCGACUCUGCGAAACAUUUAAGCAGGGUCAUUAUGGAGAUGCCAUUUGCUAGGUGAUAAUGGUUAUCCUCUAAAACCAUAUUUAUUGACAUCUCUUUUAAAUCCACAAAAGAACCAGAAGAGCAGCAGAACAACGGUAUAAUGAAUCACACAUACGCACAAGGAACACAGUUGAACGUUUAUUUGGAAUUUGGAAGAGAAGAUUCCCUAUUCUAGCGCUAGGUAUACGAUAUUCAAUGGAACGAACUUGAAGACAGUUGUAGCAACAGCUGUGUUGCAUAAUAUUGCCUGUCGCAUAGCAGAUCCUGUGCCAGUGAACGAUCCAAAUAUUAAUCUACCUGCAGAUUGGGAUAAUUUGAUAGAGUAUGAGAACAUUCCUCCACUAAAUGUACCUCAAAAUGAGCAUGCACAAAAUGCAUUUGUUCGGAAUAACCUCAUACAUAAUUUCUUUCAAAGACAGUUGGGAUAUGCUUAGCUGUUCUAAGAUGUAUCUGCCUGGAGGCGGAUUUGGACAUUAUAGAGUUAACAUUUAAGUAUUACUUGUAUAAAAAUUCCAUUUAUUUUCUUAAAUAAUAUUCGAUUCCAAUACAAAAAAGUCAGUGUGUUAACAUAGAUAUUUCAGUCAUAGUGACGACAUAGUUUUCUUAAAAUUACAAAUUAUAUUUAUUCCAAUGAUAUAGUAAUAUUUGCUUCUCCACAGGUUGUAAAAGUCUGGAAUCAAGUCGACACUUGAUAACUCGAAUUAUAAAUAACAGAAGGAAUUCAAGGACAUUCACCAAAAGAUUGAAUUGUACAUAAAAUUGAUUUUGGAAAUAAUUGUUUUGUAAAAAUUGGAAAACCAUGAUUUAUGAUAAGUAACAAAUGUUGAAAAAGGUUUUAAUGAAUAAAGCUGUCAUGAUUUGUGUAA